GAAAAGGAAAAUCCUUACCAAAAUGGCAGCCAAAUGGCUUCUGCAUUUGACAAUGGUGGUGAUGCUGGUGGCGCUGGUGAACGGGGAUGAAUCGGUGAAGCCGUUUGUGAAGAUAGUGAAGGGCAAGAAGUUGUGUGACCAAGGGUGGGAGUGCAAAGGUUGGUCGAUAUAUUGCUGCAACGAUACCAUUUCUGACUUUUUCCAAGCUUACCAAUUUGAGAACCUUUUUUCAAAGCGGAAUUCGCCUGUGGCUCAUGCCGUUGGCUUCUGGGAUUACCGCUCUUUUAUCACUGCUGCCGCCCUUUAUGAGCCUCUCGGGUUUGGAACCGCUGGAGGGAAGCUAAUGGGAAUGAAGGAAGUGGCAGCGUUUCUUGGCAUUGUGGGCAGCAAAACCUCAUGUGGCUAUGGGGUGGCAACAGGAGGACCAUUGUCCUGGGGUUUAUGCUACAACAAGGAAUUGAGCCCCAGCAAAAUAUAUUGCGAUGACUAUUACAAACUCAUAUAUCCCUGCACCCCUGGAGUUUCAUACCACGGUCGCGGUGCCCUGCCCAUCUAUUGGAACUACAACUAUGGAGAAACAGGGGAGGCCCUGCAUGUGGACCUAUUGGACCAUCCAGAAUACAUAGAAGACAAUGCCACUUUAGCCUUCCAGGCUGCAAUCUGGCGGUGGAUGACCCCAAGGAAGAAGCUACUGCCUUCAGCCCACGACGCUUUCGUCGGGAGCUGGAAGCCCACCAAGAAUGACACUCUAGCCAAGAGGGUAGUUGGGUUUGGAACCGCCAUGAAUGUUUUGUAUGGAGAUCAAGUGUGUGGGAAGUAUGGUAAUACCGAAUUAAUGAACAACAUGAUCUCCCAUUACCUGUAUUACCUUGACCUCAUGGGGGUUGGUAGAGAAGAAGCAGGGGCACAUGAAGUGCUAUCAUGUGAGGAGCAGGAAGUUUUCAGUGUUCCUACCUCUUUAACAUCUUCCUCACUAAGGUUAAAGGUUAAAUUCUGUUUCAUUAUUAUUGUACAUAUAACAGCCCAGUUAAUUGUUUUCUAAUACUUAAAAAUAUAUCUUAUGAUGUUUUGAAAGUAUACUUUAAGCUCAGUUAUCCUCAACUGUUAAUUGAACCAACUAUUGUAUCAUGUAGCCCAGGAAUUAAAAGGAUCAUGUCUAUGUGGCUGAGAUCACAUAUAAAUCUGAGCAUCUUGCAUUGUGAAAACAUUUUGUUUACAUUUGACAGUGAGUUUGGACCAUGAUUGCGUUGAGACAGUGUGAUAAGGUUGGUCCCCUGCGGCCUACAUCCCCAAAGUUAGGUACAUCAAUCGUACCAUAUGUGGUGGGUUCUGUCCCAUGCUCCCAUUUUGCCUUUUGCCUCGGUUGCUCACAGUUGUAAGUUUUAUGCUUAGCCUAUUAAAAUCAUAGCUUUUAU